AUGGAGCUCCUCUGUAAUGAGACGCUCGUCACAGCUGCGUGUUUGAAUGGUACGGCGGCGGCGGAGGCUGGUGGUGGUGGUGUUUUGCCAGAGUCGAUGCUCCAGCUUCAUAUUGUCGUUCCUGCGGUUACGGUGCUUGGGUUGAUUGUUUUGGGGACGUUGAUGGGGAUGGUGUUGUUUUUUUGGAGGAGGAAGUACGCGCUGGCGGAGGAAGGGGGGGAUAAGAAGGGGGGGAAGUGGUGGAUGGAUAGUGAGAGUGGGAGUGAGAGGGGUGGUAGUGUGACGAUGAAGACACAACAACAAGAGGAACAAGGGAGAAGAGAGGUGGUGAAGCAGGGGGGGAGGACUGAGGAUAAGGAGUUGCCGCCGCCGCCACUGAAGUUGGUACGCAGAGAACGAGAGACUACACCACUGCAGGAGGAGAUGGGGAUGGGGAUGGGAAUGGCGAUGCCGGAGGGUAUAUCUUCUGGUUUUGGAGUGGGAGGGGAAUUGACGAACGCGCUGGUCUGGGCGAACUUUGGACCACCACCUCCUCCCAGCCCACCAGUACCACGAGUGCCGUCGGAAAUGGUAUUAUCACCACCACCACCACUACCUAGCCCAACUUCCCAGAGACCAAACAACACCAGGUCUCUAAUCCCCCCUCCGCGACCGUACAGAGCUCCCAAUCGGAACACCUACCCCAACCAAGCGCUCCAACCACCCCCUCAGCAUGGUUACGCCCAGCUACGAAGCUUGACACAAUCAGCCUCGCAGCCAGAGAUGAGGCAGCAACCGCACCAUAGCGUUCAAGCAAGUCUGUCGAAAGAGCGGUGCUUGACGCAGUCAACUUCCCAGCCGGAGAUGCGCCAGAGGGAAAGGGAGAAGAAUACGGUGUUAAUGACGAGGUUGGAAUACAACCACCCAGAUGAACAGAGGGCAGCAGCGUCCAAGUGGGAGAGGCCUGGGCUGGGGCUGGGGCUGGGGUUGGGGAUACCAAGGCAGAGUUUUGACGGGGAGAAGGGGAAGGAAAGGGAGAGGUUGUUGGCGAGGAGUAGUAGGAGGUUUUCGGUUUCGCAGAACUUUUAA